GCGACCCGCUCGCUCGCAGCUCGUCCACCACACGAUCCGGUUACCGGAGCCGCCUGCUGCAAUGAAAACACCUCCGUCGGUGGGUGGAUGUACGGGCCCGGUUCCAUCAUUAUCUCCCCGAACUGUGACCGAGUGACCACUGAAGAAGCCAUGCGGCGGAUACUGCGGCUCACAGAUGGCGCGCGCCACUCCGGAGCCGACAUCCCUCCGCCACGCGCCGCCCUGUAGGCCGGAUUUGAGCUCCAGGCGCCACCCGCCUUUUUGACUUCAUGAAGAUCCCCGACAUCGGUGAUGUGAUGAAUAAAUUUGAAGUCCUGGGGAUCGUGGGUGAAGGUGCCUACGGUGUUGUUUUGAAGUGCCGACACAAGGACACCAAUGAAAUUGUGGCCAUUAAGAAGUUCAAGGACAGCGAAGAAAAUGAGGAGGUCAAAGAAACGACGCUGCGGGAGCUCAAGAUGCUGCGGACCCUCAAGCAGGAGAACAUCGUGGAGUUGAAAGAGGCCUUCCGGAGACGAGGGAAGCUUUAUCUCGUCUUUGAGUAUGUGGAGAAGAACAUGCUGGAGCUGCUGGAGGAGCUUCCCAACGGCGUAGCCACCGACAAGGCGCGCAGCUACAUCUACCAGCUGAUCCGAGCCAUCCACUGGUGCCACAAGCACGACAUCGUUCACCGAGACAUAAAGCCGGAGAACCUGCUCAUCAGCUCCGAAGACGUCCUCAAGCUGUGCGACUUUGGCUUCGCACGUAAUCUAUCCGAGGGGACGGAUGCCAAUUACACCGAGUACGUGGCCACGAGAUGGUACCGCUCUCCGGAGCUCCUGCUUGGGGCCCCGUACGGGAAGGCCGUGGACAUGUGGUCGGUGGGCUGCAUCUUGGGGGAGCUGAGCGACGGGCAGCCCCUGUUCCCCGGAGAGAGCGAGAUCGACCAGCUCUUCACCAUCCAGAAGGUCCUGGGACCCCUCCCGCCGGAGCAGAUGAAGCUCUUCUACAACAACCCUCGCUUCCACGGGCUGCGGUUCCCGGCGGUGAAUCACCCCCAGACGUUGGAGCGGAGGUACCUGGGCAUCAUCGGCGGAGCGCUGCUGGACCUGCUGAAGAGCCUGCUGCUGCUGAACCCGGCGGAGCGCUUCCUCACCGAGCAGAGCAUCAACCACCACGCCUUCCAGACGUUGCGGCUGGUGGAGCGGCCCGGCCCGCCCACGCCUACACCGGCUCGCUCCUCCAAGAGGAAACCUCACCACGGAGACAACACCACCCCCAGCAGGAGUCACGGGGGAAAGGGUUCCGGAAGCCACCGCUCCAGCAGCAGAGAGUGCUCCAGCCUGCCCCGGCACGAAGACCUGCACCCGAGCAGCGACGGCUUCCUCAACGGCAACAUGCCGGCGGCCAUCAACCUCAGCCCCACGCUGCACCCCAAGAGCUACCAGCCGCAGAUCUUCAACCACGCCGCCUCGUGCAACGUGGACCUGGCCAGCGGCAACCUGCCCCACCUGCUCAGCCCCGGCGAGGCCAAGGGCAAGGGCGACCCGGGGCCCAAGGCGUCCGACGGCCCGGGGGCCAAGUACCUCAAGUCCAACUUCCGCUCGCAGCAGAACCGCCACUCUUUCGUGGAGGGGAAGACCAACACGCUCCAGUCGGGGGAGAAACACGGGCGGCGCCACGUGGAGUCGCACGGAUCCACGCCCUCCUCCAAGUUCUCCUACCUUAACCUGUCCAAGAGCUACGGGACGCUCAGCGACGCCAAGUCGGUGGGGAACCUGAACGACGUGCACCUUUACGCCGACGAGCCCACGUCUCGCUACUUCCCCUCCAGCUGCCUGGACCUCACGGCGCCGAGCAGCCCGGCGGCCCGCCGCGCCGACAGACUGGCGCCCGGAGCGGCGGGCCGGGGCAGCACGCGCUCGGAGAGGGAGAGCAACACCCUGGACUCGUCCUACAGGCGCUCCUCCGCCCGCCACAAGUCCUCGGAGGAGGCCAAGUCUCCGGACGCCCUGGACCCGGGGGAGGGCGGCGCCGCCGACCGGGGCCACGGCCACUCCCUCUCCGCCCCGCACGACCCCCCGUCCUACGGCCAGGGGUACACCAGCCCCUUCUCCUCCCAGCAGCGGCCCCACCGCCACUCCAUGUACGUCCGGCGCGACCACCAGAGGACGCACGCGGCGGAGGAGGGGCUGGCGGUGGGGCCGGGCCUGCCCACCCGGGCCAGCAGCCUGCAGCUCCUGUCCCCGCAGCUGCAGCACCGCACGCUGCCUCGCCACUCGGGGGGCUCCUCCAGAGAGGAAGACAAGAGCCGGAGCGAGCAGGCCGCCGCCGCCGAGGGCGCCCACAGCAGACCCCCCAUAAGGGACCCCGCCAGGGACAGCGCCGCGUCUUUUCACGCGCAGCGGCAAAAAAACGAGGUCGGUUUAUAUCACGAGCAGCAAACAGAAGACGGGGGCUCGUCCAAAGAGAACCGCAACAUCUACAGCGAGUCCAUGCCGAGGAGGGUGGGCAGCUUCUACAGAGUCCCGUCCCCCCGGCCCGACAACUCCUUCCACGACGGCAGAGGGCCGAAUCGGAGCUCGGGUCUGUCGGCCGACGGGUUGAACAACCACCCCAAGCGCCAGCCCACAUUCGACCCCUGGACUGGCCCGGACACGGUGGUGCUGAACCCCUCCGAACCGUCCAAAGAGAAGGAGAAGCAGGGCUUCUUCAGAGCAAUGAAGAAGAAAAAGAAGAAAUCUCAAAUGGUUCCCAGCGGAGGGGUGGACGCCGUCCUCCAGAAGUCCUCCAGGUCCUCCGGUCACCAGAGCAGCCGCCACAGGACCCGGGACAAGAGCAGAGACCGGGACCAGGACCGGGACAAGGACUGGCCUCCUGAGAAAAUGUCCGACUCGCACACUUCUAGUCAGCCACUGAAGUCCCUGCGCAAACUGCUGCACCUGACGUCCUCGUCCUCCAACCAGGCGUCCCAGCCCGACCCGCGCUACCAGCCGCUGCCCAACCCGGCCUCCUCCGCCCAGGGCGGCUUCCCGGAGGGCCGGGGUCACCCGGGGGUCGGCACGCCGCAGCUCAAGAGCCGGCAGGCGGCCUACGCCAUGCCCGGCCAGCUGGAGGCCGGCUGGCACCCGUCGGCCAUGGGCCGCCCCGAGGGGGGAAACCCCUACCCGGAGCAGAUGGGCAUCAAGGGGGGGCAGAACGGCCACGGCUUCGGACGCCCCUCCAGGUCUCGAAUGCCGAACCUCAACGACCUGAAAGAGACGGCUCUGUGACCCCCCCCGGCCCCCCGUCUGUGGCCCCUGCACGUCCACUGCUGACUUCACACACACACACACACGAGCACACACACACACACACACACACACACACACUCACGAACCUUCAGUUUUAAACACUGCUUGCAAAGGGGCCAAAAGCCUUUUUACGUCUUCAUUUUUUUUAAAGCUUCCAUGUUUGAUAGACUUUAUAUUAUUACUUCUGUAAUUCUGAUUAUAAUUUUUAUUAUAAGGUAAAUAUAUUCAAAUAAUAUAUAUAUAUACAUAUGUGUAUAUAUAUAUAUAUAUAUAUAUAUACAUACAGAGAUGUGUAGAUUUUAAGUGCAAGUAUUUUUGUUUCUAUUCAUUAUAGGAAUAUAGUACAUUUUACUGCGUUGUAUUUCCUUAAUACGUUCUAAAUCACUCUAAACAAAUACAGUUUAAUCAGUUGUUACCAUGGAGAUUAGUGUCGUCCCUCUCUGUCCAACCUGUCCUCUGGAUGUCUUCUUCUCUUUAAACGAAGGCUCCACUGCCGUCGUUAAAGGAAUGUUUCCUUUGUUUUUUGUUUUGGGGGAUUUUUCCGUUUUAAUUUAUUUUUGUAAUGCGGCCAUCUUAGACCCUUUGUGCCCUAAAGGAGACGUCAACCCGGACCCACGUCGCCCCCUGUAGGACGCGACCAAGCGCUGCAUCUCCUGUUCUAACUGACCGUUAACAUGCACUAACUCUACAUCCAGGGACUGACUUCUCGUGCACAGUUUGCGUGUCGGUCGUGGUUUUCGUAAAUUUCAGAGAAAAGAACUCCGGUCUCUCUGAAUAGAACACGCGUAAUAAAUGUUCCUUGUACAGAAAACACCAACAAUCCUUCUGCUGGUGAGACCCUGAUCACGUAAAAGUGCUGCAGAACCCUUAAGAUGAACCAAGCAGCAGCAACUUCUAGAUUUGAGCAAACGUAUUUAUGCAACGAGAUGCAAACAUCUCAGGUUCUAACAAUGGGGCCAUCAGAUGAUAAACAAAUGGUUCUACUUGUUAAUCACAUAAAUAAAUGUUUAAAUGCAUAAUACAAGAAUAACUGCAGUAACAAAACUAUUUAUACAACAUAAGUUGCAAGUUUUUUGGUCCUAACUAUUGUUAGAAAGUCAAUUGUAGACAGAUAGAGGGACACGAAGGUAAUUCUGGAAGAACAAGUGCAGUGGUUCCCCACCUCAUUGUGAAUUAGUCACAUGAUGCGUCAAGUAGUUCUUCAUCAGCGCCGCCCGCCAUGUUCCUCAUCACCUCUAUGUACUAUGUUACCUGAACAUGUCCAUUUGUUCUAUGUUCCCUUUGUACUAUGGUACUAUGUUUUUAUUGUUCUAUGUUCCCUGUGUACUAUUGUACUGUGUUUUUAUUGUUCUAUGUUCCCUGUGUACUAUGGUACUAUGUUUUUAUUGUUCUAUGUUCCCUGUGUACUAUGGUACUAUGUUUUUAUUGUUCUAUGUUCCCUGUGUACUAUGGUACUAUGUUUUUAUUGUUCUAUGUUCCCUGUGUACUAUGGUACUAU